AUGAAGGUCCUCCUUUCCGAUGGAUCGGGCCUGACUUCUCGACAAUUGGCAACAAUUCUUGGCCGCAAAGGUUACGAUGUCCACGUUCUCUGCGCGGCCGGACUCUCUCUUACUAAGGUCACAGGGUGGGUUAAAAAGACGCAUCUGGUGCCGCCCUUUGGACCGGAUCCUUACGCAUGGCUACACUCUGCACUGGGCGUCAUGAUUCGUGAAAAGAUCGAGACUGUCAUCUGCACGCAAGAACAAGUCGCUGUUCUCUCAGCCGAGGUGGACCAGAUACGGAGUCUGGGCGUGGGCAUCGCUGUGCCAUCCUUUGAAGCAGUCAGUCGGGUCAUGGACAAGAUCUCGGCCUCCCAUACUCUCCAACAAGCGUCUGUGCGCCAGCCAGAGAGUGUAGUUGUGGGCUCAACGGACGAGUUGAGGUCCAUGACUGACCUUUUGCCUGCCUUUGUCAAGACUCCCAUUGGCACAGCCAGCAAAGGCGUCAGAUUUGCGAAGACUGAUGAGGAUCUGGCGCACAUUGGCCGAGAGUUCGAACACCUAGGCUCUUUUCGGAACAAUGGCCAACUCUUGAUCCAGAAAGCGGUAGCUGGGCCGCUUGUGAUGGUAGAAGGGGUGUUCUCCGGUGGAAGACUGCUGAGUUGGCAUGCAUGCCUACGCGCUCGGGAAGGUCCAUCUGGAGGGGCAACAAAAAAGACCUCUCUUCCACUCCCUGUGUUCGAGGAUGAUCUGAUGAAGCUUGGCGCAUUCUUGAAGUACGAUGCUGCCAUGUCCAUCGAUGCAAUCCUUGUGGAGGGGAUACCAUAUUACAUCGAUGUGAAUCCCCGAAUUACGGAACCGAUGAAUGCUCUCGAGGCUGGUGUGGAUCUCGUCGACUCGCUACUCAGUAUAUCAACCCCUUCAGCGCACGGGACGAGAUUUGUGAGACCGAUUCCGCAGAGUCCUGCAUAUGGUAGGGAAAACAUCAACACGCAUCAAUUCGUCCUUGCUGCUCUGAAAGCCGUGGAGAGGGGAAGGUUUCUAUUGCUUUUCGAGGUUUUCAACGCCUUGCUUGGCUUCGGUGAGUAUACCGACUCGAGUGAGGAGCUCACACCAGUUAGCGGGGAUCCGUUGAGUGUUGUAUUUCUCUUUUGUUUCACAAUCUUGCUGCUCCUCGGUGGUAGACGACUUGCGAAAUACCUCGACAGGAGCAGCGUGGGUAACUAUGCGUUAAGCCCGUCUGGCUGGGAGGCCAUCCUCAAAGCCCAGGAGGCGAAAGGGGCCGCUUUUCAACGAAACGAGACCGUCCUUUCAAAAUCGUCAGCCAUUCUUCAACCAAAAGAGACCACUCUUCAGUGA